AUGGGACUGCUGCCGACGGGCUUGCAGCAGCGUCUGCGCCCCUGCCAGCAGCAGCGGGGCAGCAGCAAGCCAGUUUAUUUGUCUCUAUUGGAACUAAACGCAAUAUUAAUGAAAAAGAAAACACUUAAAGGAGCAUUGUCAUCAGCAGCAGCAGCCGGACACCGCCUCUGCUCUGCAUGCCCCCUGCAGCGCAGCAAACGAGCAGCUGCAGCAACUGCAAGAGCUGGAACGCCAGCAGCAGAACCUGCAGCGUUAGAAGCAACAGCAGCAGCAGCAAUAAUAUAUGCUUUAGAGGCACCAGCAGCAGCGGAGGCGUUCCGAAGGCUUCGCGCGCAGCAGCAGCAAGAGGGGCGCCGAAGGCAGCAGCAGCAACAGCAGCAGCAGCAGCAGUAA